AAGUGACAGUUGAAUCCAAGAGGCCGAGGGCUCGCGCACACACAUGGAGCUCAUCGGAAGAGAGAGUGCAUGCGAUUGCGAACACGGAGGACGCUCACGCGGCCACACUCCACUCACACCAAAUAAGGAGACGCUUUGGCUGGAUUGCUGUCACCGUCUACCAUAAAAUGUCGCUUUUCAUGCUGGGAUGGUUCUCUUGACUGAGCAGAGCAGCGAGACAACCUAAAAGAGAGAAACCCCAAUGGAUUUUGUCAUGUUGUCGGCACGGUUUCCGGUUCCUGAUUGCAUCGCUGCCGGCGGCUAGUUUGUAUCCUCUGACACUUGCUUCACCUCACAUUUGUUCUUGGUCUUAUUAUUAGUGUAUUUUACUAUCGUUACAUAUCACUGUCGUUGCCGAAUUAUUUAUAACUUUAUAUUUUAAACCUAUAUUCAUUGAAACGUAACGCCGCUAGCAUAUUAGCGUGUUAGCUUGCCUUCUGUUUACAUUGUGGAAUAUCAUCUCCCCCUAUUUGUCUUGUGUGCUAACUGUUUCUCUUUUUAAGCGUAUAUACUAAGACUCAUCAAGCAACCUUGGUAAGUUAGGAUUGCACUUCAUACCCGGUGAGUUAUGGCUUCUAUUCCUAUUGUUGUUACUUGCACCUCAUGUCAUAUGUUUAGUUUAGCCUUCUCUGUCAGCGGCGAGGGUUUUACAUGUGAUAAAUGCAGGGAAGUAGUUAGGCUGACGGAGAAGAUUUUAGAAUUAGAGUCUCGCAUCCAAUCUUUAUUUGAGGAUAGUAAGAGUGUAAGAACCGUAGAAAACACUUCGGAUGCGAGCAAUGUUAGCGCACACAGCUCGGUUCCGGUUGAAAAUCCCCUGCAGCUGGGAAACUUUGUGACGGUGAGACGGCAUAGUCGCAGGACAAAACAUCACUCAACCGUUCCGAUUAAAGUCUCGAACAGGUUUGCCCCGCUCAGUGACGCACCGACUGAGAAACCUGCUGAAAGUGCCCUAGUGAUCGGUGAUUCUAUUGUCCGGAACGUUAACAUAGAGACACCAGCCACAAUAGUCAAAUGUUUACCGGGAGCCAGAGCGCCUGACAUCAAGUCAAACUUAAAUGUGCUGGCUAAGGCUAAUCGUAAAUACAGUAAGAUUGUUAUUCAUGUCGGCACAAAUGAUGUUAGACUCCGUCAAUCGGAGAUCACUAAAGAUAAUAUUAAAGAGGUGUGUGAGCUCGCAAAAACGAUGUCAGACACUGUAAUAUUCUCUGGCCCCCUUACUGCUUACCGUGGUGAUGAGAUUUAUAGCAGAUUAUCAUCACUAAAUGGCUGGUUGUCUGAGUGGUGCCUGCAGAAUAAUAUAGAUUUUAUAAAUAACUGGAAGAGUUUUGAGGGCAGACCUGACCUGUUGAAACGAGAUGGUCUCCAUCCCUCCUGGGAUGGGGUUUCCCUCCUCUCUAGAAAUUUGGCACACAGUCUUAAUAAUGCUAAAGUCUGACUACCUAGGGCCCAGGUCAGGAAGGAGACAGAAUGGCUUAACCAACUGUCUGCUUGCCGUCUCGCGUUACAGAAUACACAAAAUAUACAACAUGUAAUAAUCCCUUCUUACAAACAACAUAAAAUAGAGACUGUGUCUGUCCCCCGGAUUAGCAAACAUAAGAUAUUGCGUAAACCUCUUGAAAGUAAUUUAAUAAACGUUAAACAAAUCAAACAUGAACAAAAUACAGAUAAUCAGCUGUUACGACUCGGAUUGCUUAAUAUUAGAUCUCUCUCAAAUAAAGCACUUUUUGUUAACGAUUUGAUAACCGAUCAUAAAAUAGACAUGCUUUGUUUGACAGAAACAUGGCUAAAGCCAGAUGAUUUUAUUACUCUAAAUGAAUCCGUUCCCCAUGAUUAUUACUAUAAACACGAGCCUCGUCUAAAAUGUAGAGGGGGAGGUGUCGCUGCACUUUACAAGAAUUCUUUUAUUACCUCUCAGAAGUCUAAUUUUAAGUACAGUUCUUUCGAAGUCAUGGUACUUCACGUAUCGACACCUAAUACUAAGGACAAAACAUUUUUAAAAUUUAUUCUAGCUAUUGUAUAUAGGCCUCCAGGGCACCACACAGAUUUUAUUAAAGAUUUUGGUGGGUUCUUAUCAGAACUAGUACUGGCCGCAGAUAGAGUCCUUGUCGUCGGUGACUUUAAUAUCCAUGUAGACAAUGAUACAGAUGCCUUGGGACUGGCUUUCAAAGACACUCUUAACUCCAUGGGCGUUAGUCAACAUGUGUCAGGACCCACUCACCUUCGUAAUCAUACUUUAGAUUUAAUACUUUCUUAUGGUAUAAAUGUGGACGAUGUUAAAAUCGUUCAGCAGAGUGAAGAUAUUUCGGAUCAUUAUCUGAUAUUAUGUUUGCUUCAAUGGCCUACGGCUGCAAAUCAAACUCCUUGUUACAAAUAUGGUAGAACGAUUACUUCAACUACCAAAGAUGCGUUUCUCGAUAAUCUGCCUGAAUUGUCUAAAAUAUCCAGCAUGAGUAAUAACGUUGACGAUUUUGACACUACUAUUGAAAAUUUUAACUCUACUUUCUCGGAAAUAUUAGACACAGUUGCUCCUCUGCGUUUAAAGAAAAUUAAAAAUAGCAGCCCAACACCGUGGUAUAAUGAACACACUCAGACUCUAAAAAAAGCAUCCCGUAAAAUGGAGCGCAACUUUAAGAAAACGAAUUUAGAGGUAUUUCGUAUAGCAUGGAAGGAUAGUACUCGAAAUUACAGGAAUGCAAUAAAAACGUCUAGAUCCGCCUACUUUUCAACACUAAUAGAGGAAAACCAUCACAACCCUAGGUUCUUAUUUAACACCGUGGCUAAAUUAACAAAAAAUAAGUCGUCAUCGACGUCAGAUUCUGAUUAUCAGCAUAACAGUGAUGAAUUUAUGAACUACUUCACAAGUAAAAUCCAAGAUAUAAGAGAAAAAAUUAUAACAAUGCAACCUGUAGUGAAAUCCGCUGAACAAACUAACUACAGCACCCCUAAGGAGAAAUUGCAAUUAUUUUCUACAGUAGAUCACGAUGAACUGUCUAAAAUCAUUAAAUCAUCUAAAUCAUCAACAUGCAUGCUAGACCCUAUACCUACAAAACUACUGAAAGAAAUGCUCCCCGAAAUUAUAGAUCCUCUUCUUAGUAUUAUUAACUCAUCUCUGACAUUAGGACAUGUGCCUAAAGCAUUUAAGGUGGCUGUUAUAAGGCCUCUUUUAAAAAAAAACCAAACUCGACCCCAAAGAACUAGGGAAUUACAGGCCUAUAUCGAAUUUACCUUUUAUAUCUAAAGUUCUGGAAAAAGUAGUUUCAACUCAAUUAUGCUCCUUCCUCCAAAGGAAUGACAUUAAUGAUGAAUUCCAGUCUGGAUUUCGAGCAUGUCACAGUACAGAGACUGCUUUGAUCAGAGUUACAAAUGAUCUGCUUUUAGCGUCUGACCGUGGCUGUAUUUCGUUAUUGGUGCUGCUAGACCUCAGUGCUGCAUUUGACACCAUUGACCACAGCAUACUUCUACAUAGACUCGAAAAUUACGUCGGCAUUAACGGAAUAGCAUUGAAAUGGUUUAAGUCUUAUUUAUCCGACCGUUUUCAAUUUGUAGCAAUAAACAAUGAGGUGUCCCGCAAAUCACAAGUCCAGUACGGUGUACCACAGGGCUCAGUCUUGGGACCCCUGCUCUUCGCAUUAUACAUGCUACCUCUAGGAGAUAUAAUAAAGCGACACGGAAUUAGCUUUCACUGUUAUGCUGAUGAUACUCAACUUUAUAUUUCCUCGAUGCCUCAUGAAACCCAGCAGUUUCAUCGAAUAAAGGAUUGCAUAGUUGACUUAAAAAUGUGGAUGAGUAACAAUUUUUUACUACUAAACUCGGACAAAACAGAAGUGUUACUUACUGGACCGAAAACUGCUAUGCGUAACAACCAAGAAUACUGCUUAACGAUUGACGGAUGCUCCAUAAAAUCCUCGUCAUCAGCUAAGAAUCUUGGCGUUGUAUUUGACAGUACUCUCUCAUUUGAAAGCCAUGUCGCAAACACCUGUAAAAUUGCAUUUUUCCAUCUUAAGAAUAUAUCUAAAUUACGUCAUAUGCUGUCACUGUCAGAUGCAGAGAAAUUAAUUCAUGCAUUCAUGACAUCAAGACUAGAUUACUGUAAUGCACUUCUAGGUGGUUGCCCUGCGGGCCUAUUACAAAAACUGCAACUGGUUCAAAACGCGGCAGCUCGAGUUCUUACACGUACAAAAAAGUAUGAGCAUAUAACCCCGGUUCUGUCAACCUUGCACUGGUUACCUAUAAAGCAUCGCAUUAACUUUAAGAUCUUGCUUAUUACCUAUAAAGCCCUACAUGGUCUAGCGCCGCAGUAUUUGAAUGAACUUCUAUUGUAUUACAGACCACCACGUACAUUACGUUCUAAGGGGUCCUGUCAGUUGGUAAUACCUAGAAUUUCAAAAUCAAGUGCAGGUGGUAGAUCCUUUUCUUAUCUAGCGCCUAAACUUUGGAAUAUUCUUCCCUGCACGGUCCGGGAGGCAGACACACUCUGUCAGUUUAAAUCUAGACUAAAGACUCAUCUUUUUAAUCUUGCAUACACUACACCUCCAUAAUAUUAAUCCUCAGAGGAUUUAGGCUGCAUUAUUUAGAUCAACCGGAACCAGGAACACAUCCAACAACAAAUGAUGUACUUGUUGCAUCAAAGAGUGCAGAACACUACUCUACUCUCAGCCAGUCUUGUCUCUUUGUUCCAAGGUUACCGCAGGAUGCAGUUCAUGCCCAGACCUGAUGGCAGAGCUGAGAAUGGGAAGCGGUGACCUGACAAGUGCUAAGAGGAUAGAGCUGGAUAAAGGACGCGACAACUUUGUUUUUUUCUACAACAUUUCAAAUGCUAUUAGAUUGUUAAUGAUAAUCUUUAAUUUUUAUAUUUUUAUUAAGCCUUGUUGUGCAAGCACUGAUGAGCUUGUGCAGAGGCAGCAGCUUUUGCCAGAGGGGAACUGGAAUCCCCUGGUUGGGCCUGGGUUCCCCUGAGGUUUUUUUUCUCGAUGGGAGUUUUGGGUUCCUCACCACCGUUUGCAUAUUGUUUUGCACUAUCUGCCUGGCCGGGGGGGCUGCUUUAGAAUUCAUACUUGUAUUAAAUGUGUCUCAUGUACAGCUGCUUUGUAACAAUGAAAAUUGUAAAAAGCGCUAUAUAAAUAAAGUUGA